AUGACGGAGUGUAGUCAAGAAGACAGUGGUACCUGGUGUCCCUGUGUACACCCUGAAGGAGCGCUAUACUUUCAUGACACCGAUCGCGGUAUUUACACCGAUUCGGACAUGCGGGUCGAAGAACGCCGAUCUAGCAUGACCUGGUGUAUCAAGGAGUUACUCGCUCAGCUCACUUGCCAGUGUGGAUUGCAGCUGGGCAGCGGUGAUAUCGAGCUCGUGGUGGAGUUGACAAGGAAACGCAAUAAUGAUAAGGUAUACAGGUACUAUCUCGUCGAUCAUCCCAACCGUCUACUUUUCUGGCUUGAUGAGAUAUCUACGGGAAGGAUUUUUGAUGGCGUUUUGGGCGUCGAGAAGUGGAGCCAUAUCAAGUAUGCUAUCCAGCAUCAGUACUGGCAAGUCUGUCAUUGUGUGCAACACUGCGAACUGUAUCCCAGUGACAAGCUGCCAGGUGCCCAGUUGCUCAAGGAACUCAAGGAAGUCGUUGUGCAUGCUAGCGCUGAGAUUAUUACGACGGACUUGUCGCUGUCGCCUUUCGACGGUGACGAAUUAUCGAAAAUUCUGGAUUUGAUUGAUCGAUUCGAAGGCAAGAGAAAUAUCAUAUUUCAACCAUUUUUCCCUUCAGGGGAUGAUUGUUUUUCAGCCAGGUUUAUGCGCUAUUUCACUCGGGCUCAAUUUUUCAAUUUUUGCGGACUCCGUGAAGCCCGUCUAGACGCGGACCAGUCUCUUUUUGUCAAGGAGAAAAAGUCAAAGUUUAUGGUGGCCCUUUCGUGGGCCAUCAACGUUGCACUGUUCGAUGCUCCGCGGUCACGCAUGGAAGAACUCCGACGAGUGUGGGUCGACCGCUGCAUCAACUCUCCGCGCUGGAAGAACUUUAACACCAAGCUGAGCAGUGAAUGGUCGGGCAUCACGAUGUAUUCAACUGUAAUGGUAGCAGUGGACGUCAGUUUCCUAGCUGUACCUUCCGUCAAUUCCCAGGAUACGAGUUCGGUUACGGUUAUCGCAUUGUACAUUUCCUUGUUUUGCAUCGUCGGAUCGCUGGUCGUGUCCUUGUUUCUCACUAGACAGAAUCAGUUGCAUGGGCAGGAAUUUGCCGACACAGCGGUUAUAUUCCUGACGCGGGUGACAGGAUCUGUAUUUGGCACUAAAUCUCUGGCGAUGGUGCAUGGACUUCCGUAUGCUAUGCUGCUGUGGGGGUGA